AUGUCUACUCCUCCAUCAACACAUACACCAACCUUUGGCAAUAACAAUCAAGACAAAACACCUCGUGAUUAUAUCGGUAACGGUAUACAUGCAUAUUCAUCUUCACCAAUGAACGGAAUACAUCCCGAACAUGGCGUCGAUCGCAGUCCAAACGAUUACGUAGCCAAUGGCUUCAACGGCAGCAGUAAUCAUGCGCAGGGAGGACUGUAUUCCUCUUCCUCGUCUGCUCAUACGAACAAUGGAAAGGAUAAGAAAUGGAAGCAAAUGUUCAAAUUUGGAUCCAUCGGAAAGAAGAUGGGACACAAUGGUGAACCGAUUGGCUCACCUUCCAGUCAUGCUUCCCAAAGCAGACAGGCUAGUCAACAAUCAAACUUUUCCAAUUCAACAAGCAAACAAGCAUCGCCAGUCUUUAGCUCUUCGUCAUUCAAACCUUUGCCCGGUAGCACAGUCGUUGCUGAUCCCGGAUCUUUCUCGAAUGACAGUGUAUCUUCAGAUGGCGUAGAUCACGCUUUAGGCAAUGGAAGCAAGGCAUACUUGCAAGGAGCAGAUGGCAGGAGGGUGCCAUCUGGACAAUCAAAACUACAGCCUUCGGUUGAGGUGAUUGGAGGUGGAACAGAUCAAGCACCACAAUUAGCAUUACCCUUGUCCGCGAACGAGUCUUCUUCUGGUUUUUCUAAAAAAUUGUUAAGAAGAGUUUCCAGUGCGCCAAAUUACAAUGAUUUGAUCGAUCCCGCUUUGAGGGAAGAAAGGGCCGAUCAGAAACAAGAUCAGUAUACAACCUCCUCCGCACUCACAACCCCGAUGCACGAGGACCGAAAAGCCAAUGGAAGUUCAUCAAAAUCCGGCUUGCCGCUCACGCCAGAUGGUUUGGACCCUUUCUUCCCUGGCUCACCUGUUCGUAUGGAUAGUAAUGCAAGAUCCUUCAGUAGCAAAGAUUUCGAAAAAGCGGCAAAAUCUUCGGGAAAGACUACACCAAAGAGUAAGAGUGGUAUCUUGUUCCCUGGCUCAAAGAAAAAGAACGAGAGUGUUAAAUCGCAAUUAGGCGACAGACGUCCUCCGCUGCUCAGUACACCUUCCAGUGCCAUCAAUUUGGCUGCUCUGCAGUCUACGGAGAGCAAAACUCCAGAUGGUGGACUCACGCCGCCAAGAACGACAUUCCGAAGAACGUACAGCAGUAACAGUAUCAAAGUUCGCGAAGUGGAAGUUGGACCGAAUAGUUUCACAAAGAUCAAGAUGUUGGGUAAAGGUGAUGUAGGGAAAGUAUACCUCGUGCGAGAGAAAAAGAGCGAUAAGCUAUUUGCCAUGAAAGUGUUGUCGAAGAAGGAAAUGAUCAAACGUAACAAGAUUAAGCGUGUAAUGGCAGAGCAAGAGAUUUUGUCAACGUCCAAUCAUCCUUUCAUCGUUACGCUUUAUCACUCUUUCCAAUCGGACGACUACUUGUACCUUUGCAUGGAAUAUUGCAUGGGCGGAGAAUUUUUCAGAGCUUUACAGACAAGACCGGGAAAAUGUUUGCCGGAAGAACAUGCUCGCUUUUACGCAGCAGAGGUGAUUGCUGCUUUGGAAUAUUUGCACUUGAUGGGAUUCAUCUAUCGUGAUUUGAAACCGGAGAAUAUUUUGUUGCAUCAAUCAGGACAUGUGAUGUUAUCCGAUUUUGACUUGUCUGCUCGGGCGACCCAAAGAGGAGGUGCACCGGCAGUCAUCCGACAAGUUUCGCCAAACAGUGCACCAUUGGUGGACACGAGAUCGUGCAUUGCGGACUUGCGAACGAAUUCGUUUGUUGGAACGGAAGAGUAUAUCGCACCUGAAGUGAUUAAAGGAUGUGGUCAUACGAGUGCGGUCGAUUGGUGGACAUUGGGUAUCUUGAUUUACGAAAUGAUCUUUGCAACAACGCCAUUCAAAGGUAGCUCGCGAAAUCAGACUUUCUCAAAUGUCUUGCGAAAUGAGGUUCAAUUCCCUGAAGGUAUUCCGAUCUCUUCUUUCGGUAAAUCUUUGAUCCGCAAGUUGCUCAUCAAAGAAGAGGCAAAACGACUUGGAUCACAAUCUGGUGCAUCAGAAGUGAAGCAGCACAAGUGGUUCGGUCCAAUCUCUUGGGGUUUGUUGCGUAAUUUGACUCCUCCGAUCGUGCCUGCUUCUUCUAACGGCUUGGAUGCAGUCAAUUUCCGAAACGUUCGAGAGUCCAGAUCUUUAAAUUUGGAUAGCCAAAGCAUCAGUCAAAAUGGAAAGUCAACCAAAGAACGGUCUGCCAAUCGAUCUGCCAAUAAUGGUGCAGGCUCCACCACGACUGGUAGUAAUACACCACAGGGAGAAUUCAAAGCUACAGCCGGUAAGAAAGGAGCAAAAGAGGAGGAGGGAGAUGCAGUAGACAAUCCAUUCUCAGGAUUCAAUUCUAUUACCCUGCACCACGGCGAAGAAUCGACAACAUCUACGAAGAUGAAAUUUGGUAUUUUUGCACUGAUAACGUCCGUUAUGCUAUUCCGAAUCAAUUUCAUAUCAGGAGCCAGUUCAGGUUCUGAAGGUAGAAAUGAAUUGAACUAUGACGAUUUCAGUUGGUUUACAGAAGAACAUUCAUUAGUCACGCCAGAGGAAAUGAGAUUGCCAUCUAUGAUGCAUCAUGUGCCAGCACCCACUCAAGAAGAAACGGCGCCUUUUCACCGAGAACAUCGCAAGAUUGAUGAUGCUGAUAGAAAAGACCGUAGCCAUGAAGUGAUGAAAGAGCAACUUAAACGUGCACGCGCGACUGGGAUUGGAUCUCUUUUUAAAAAGAAGAAACCACGUACAUACAGUACCUCUGACAGAGCAAUUCAGUUAAGGCAAGAAAGGCAAAGAAUAUUUGAGGAUCCUGCAACGGCUGUAGCUUACUUGGAUGGAAGGAAAGCAAAAGAAAAAAUUAGGAGAGCUGCCUGGACGCCAGAAAAGAGAGCAGCUCAUAAUGCGAGAGCAAGAAAAAUUUCAGAAGCCAGAAGAGAAUGGCUUCGACUUCCGGGAAAUGAGGUUGAGUUGACAGAUGAUGAGCAAGUUGCAUUGUCACAGUCUGAUCUGCCAAGUGCUUCAAGCCCUGCAUCAGCUCAACUUCAUCGAGAAAGCGAAAAGACUAAGGAGAAAGUCAGAAUGAGAACAACAAAGAGGAGAAGAAGUCCAGCAUACUACAAUGCUGCACUUCAACAGACGGUAGGAGAAAUAAAUAAGGCGAAUGAAAGAUUAUUAGAAGCGAGAAAAUCCGGUAAAGGUUCAUUGUUACAGGCAAAAAAGUAUUCCCAAACGGAAAAAGCAGUGCAGGCAAAACGAAAAAGAGAUGACAGAGCAGAAAAAGGCGGCAUUGAACAUGAAAAAUAUUUAAGAUACCGCAGAGAGCAAGAAAAAGCAAGAAGACAUGCACUUUCUCCGGAACAAAGAGAAUUCGAAAAUGCUAAACAAAGAAUAAGGGAACAAAAAAGGAGAGAUUGGCUCAAACUCCCAGGUAAUGAAGCCGAACGUGAAGCCAAGAUGAUGAAGGAUCGUGCCAACUUUCAUCUUAUUUGCCCUGCUAGUGACAAUCAAGUCAACGUACGCGAUUAUAACUUUGAUGAUUUUUCAUGGUUUACAGAUAACGAUUAUAUUGUCUCACCUGAGCAUCUUCAACUACCAAAGGAACCAAGCUCGCCAAAAGUGCAACGUCAAAUAAUAGUGAAUACGAAGGCAAAGGUCAAACAAGGACCAAAGAAGAGAAGGAGCCCGGAGUAUUAUAGUGCUAUACUUGAACGAACAAAAGGUGAAUUAGAGAAAGUGAAUAAAGAUUUAGAGCAUGCAAGAAAGACUGGUAAAGGUUCACUUAGAAUGCCUAAAAGCUCUUUUAUGACGACUGAAGGUAUUAAAGCAAAACAAAGGAGAGAUUCACGGGCAAAGAAAGGUGGUAAAGAGUAUGAAGAAUUCAAAGAAAUGCGAAGGCAGAAAGAGAAAGCAAGAAGAGACGCACGUACGCCAGAAGAGAAAGCAAUUGAGAAUGCCAAGCAAAGGUUGAGGGAAGAGAAUAGGAAAAGAUGGCUUAAUCUUCCAGGUAAUGAGGCUGAACUUGAAGCCAAGAAGUUGAAACAGCUACACUGUUCGGUCGUUUCCACUGCUGGCGAUGACCAUCUCAAUGUACGUGACUUCAACCUUAAUGAAACUCCACGGCUAUAUGAUGAUGAACAAGCUCUGCUAACUGAAUCAAGCACCGCAAAAGCUCACAGUCAACGAGGAAGCGGAAAGGCUAUACAGAAAGUACAAAGAGACAUAAAGAGGAGACGUAGUCCGCAAUACUAUACUGCUGUACUAGAACAGAUGGAAGAAAAAAUGAAAGAUGUGAAUGAAAAGUUAGGAGAAUCAAGGAAAACUGGUAAAGGUUCGUUGAUAAAAACAAAGCAACUCAAGCAAACAUAUAGUGCAGUGAAGUCAAAAAAAGAAAGAGAUGAACGUAUAAAGAAAGGCGGUAAAGAACUCGAAGAUUAUCGAAAAUUACGACGAGACAAAGCGAAAGCAAAAAGAGCAGCACGUACGCCAGAACAAAUAGAGAUUGAAAGAGCUAAGCAAAGGUUGAGGGAACAAAACAGGAGGAACUGGCAUAAAUUGCCGGGUAACGAAGCCGAACGAGAAGCCAGCCUUCUGAAGAAUCGUUAUAACUUCAAACGUUAUUACGCAAAAACGAGAACCACGAAAUGA